AUGGAUGAGGAGGCUGUCAUCCUCGGAAAGGCAUUGAUUGAUUCCUGGAGAAAGGAUGACAUCUUGCAAAUCACGAUGACACCAGAAGAGGGAGAUUUGCUUCGACAGAGUUACGAAAUCUCCAAAGCUUUCUUCGAACUUCCCCAUGCCGAGAAGUCAAAGUAUGUGGAUGAUCAGAGUUAUGCUGGCUACAUUGCAUCUGGGGAGGAGAUUACUGAUGGUAUUGCCGAUUACUCAGAAAUCUUCACGGUUUUCAAGGAUCUCCCUGCGACCGACACGAGAGUGCGAGAUAAGUGGCCUUGCCACGGGCCGUGUCCUUGGCCCAGCCCUGAGUAUGAGCACGUGAUGAAGCAACUUAUGGGUCUUCUGGGACAAUCGGGCAGGAAAUUACUCAAACUGGUCGGCCUAGGCUUAGGACUCAAAGACCCUGAUGCUUUGGUUCACCUAACCAAGGAUGGUUGGCACCACAUGCAUGUUCUCCGGUUCCCCCAGGUUGAUCGAACGAACGGUAAUGACAAGGCUGGGCGUGGAAUCGGCUCACACACGGACUACGGACUCCUUGUCAUCGCAAGUCAGACUGACGUAGGCGGUCUCUUUGUACGACCGCCGGUUCAUGGAGAAGACAAUAUCGAGAAUUGGGAGAAGAGCGCUGCCGGGUUGCACGAAGACGAUGAUAAAUGGAUAUUCGUCCCACCAGUCGAGAACACCUUGACUGUCUUCCCUGGUAGCAGAUCCCUAUAUCCCGAAAUUCGGUCCCGUCGAGUUAAUUUGUGGCAUAGGUGA